AUCUUUAAUUUAGGUCUAAACAUUUUUGGAGUCAGUAGAAUUCUUUUAAAAUGUCUACGAUUAUUUACAGUAUUCAACAGCAUUGUUUUGCAGACAACAGAGUCCAGUUCAAAUCCAAUCCCAGGAGGGAAAAUAAUUGAUUUUUUUUUUUUUUUCAGAGAAUGAGACAAGGCAACUUACUUAAAAGCACUAAUAACAGUUAUUUAGUCCCCGAGCAGCCUUUGAAGAUGAACAGCUCGCUGUAUUUAAUCUCAUGAAAUGAAGGGGCGGGCUGUAGUUGCAUUUCCUCCUCACAUCCUCCUGCGUUGACCCGCCGACUGGACAGACACACGCCUCCGGAGCAACAAGCCUCGCUGGGGAAAACGACCUUUAUCUGCUGUUAAGGAGCGAUGGGCAGCCUGUAUAAGGAUGAGCAGGACGACUGGAUCACAGUGUGUCUCAAGUACCUCCUUUUUGUUUUCAACUUCCUCUUCUGGAUGGGCGGUGGGGUGGUAAUGGGGGUUGGGAUCUGGACGCUGGUCGAUAAAGGAGAGUACCUGAGCCUACUAGCCUCCAGUACAUUCGCCGUGUCCGCCUACAUCCUGAUCCUGGCCGGGGGGCUGGUGAUGGUCACUGGGUUCUUGGGCUGCUGUGCCGUCAUUCGUGAGCAGAGGAGCUGUCUGUCCACGUACUUCUCCUGUCUGCUUCUGAUCUUCCUCAUUGAGCUGGUGGCUGGUGUUCUGGCCUAUGUUUAUUACCAGGCGCUGAGUGAAGAGCUGAAGCAGCACUUGAGCAAGACGAUGACAGAGAACUAUGCUCAACCUGGAAAAGACAGCAUCACUCAAUCUGUGGACAGACUACAGCAGGAUUUCAAGUGCUGUGGGAGCAACAACUCUUUGGAUUGGACACACAGUGUGUACAUCAUGUCCAAGGCGGCGGAGUCAAGGUUGGUCCCUGACAGCUGCUGUAAGACCAUCACCCCUCAGUGUGGAAAGAGAGACCACCCCUCCAAUAUCUACAAGGUGGAGGGCGGCUGUAUCACUAAACUGGAGCAGUUCCUGGCGGAUCACUUGCUCAUCAUUGGAGCUGUAGGGAUAGGAGUGGCCUGUCUACAGAUAUGUGGAAUGGUGUUCACCUGUUGCCUGCACAGGCGAAUUAAACUGGACCCAUACUGAUGCUCGGAAACGUAUAUGCCUUUCCUGACGCUCCAACACACACAUACGCGGCCUUACUACUGUGCCCAUUUAAAACUGCAUGACCAAAUGCACUAACAUCAAUAUGAGGGCUUUAUUAUCUUUCAUUUGCCACAUUUUUAGACAAAUGUUGCUAUUGUUGUUGCCUCCUUAUGAUCAUAAUAGUUGUGGCAUAUAUCGCCCUGUGGUCAUUUAGAUGUCAAGGAGGCAGUUAGAAAUGACAUUUAUUUUUUACUUUGAGUAAAUUAUAAUAUCAUAUAUCAAAAUAUAUUUUUAUGAAACUCAUAUUUGUUUUGAUUUGCUCAUAUUAAAUGUAUGCAAUGUGCUGCUAUAACUCAAACAGGUGUGGGAACCUCCUUAUGGGCUCAAAAAUACACUGGACCAACAUCAAAAAUGGGUUGAAGUCCAUUUAUUAUUAUAUUUUCCUAAAAAAUAUAUAUGUAGCCUGUGGAAAGAUCACUGUUUAAAAAGUUUCAGGAAGUGUAGGUAUUCAUAUUCGGGGGGAAAAUGUCAUUAUUUCCUAAAACAGACUAGAAAGUGUAUGUCUACAUUAUAUAUAUAAUAUGGCCAAACAGGAAGUAAGUGUCUUAUUUUAAAUAUAUGGAUCUUCAUUAGUUGUUCCUGAAUUGUAGAUCAGUUUGCAAAUUCUAAUUCCUUUAAUGCAAAUUCUGCCAAUUGUGUCAUACUUCAUACGAGUUAAAACAAAACAAACAAAAAAAAAUUAAGGUGCUUUUUGAACCUUGAUAAUAUCCCUCAGAUGGAUUGGCUGAAUAUUAUGCUUAGUGGAUUUUAUAAGAGCUUUCAUUGAAUUGAUGAACUCCCGGGUGAUCGAAGGAAAAGAAUGAGCAAUAUUCCAUUGCAUUGCAAUACAAAUCACAGCUGCAAAAUCUUAAUGUAGUUGCCACAGCAACAUAAGCCUUAUUGAAAUUCAAUGUCAUUUGGGGGAAAUGGUUAGGAAAAAGAAAAAGAUUUAAUGUAACAUUCUUGUUUUUUGUUGUUGUACUGAUUAGCAUAUAAUCCAAUUGCUUUAUGCUAAUGACAGAUGCAUAUUUUAAAAUGUCAGUAAAACAUUGUGCAAAUUAGCAAUCUCUCAUCAGGGCUGCAAGAAAGUCUGUAGAUUGUGAUUUAAAAUACACAUUUAAGCAUCCCAUUAGUUGAUAUAAUAGCUGUACUGAUCUUUUAUUUGAAUACUGUUAUGUGUUUUGUAGAUUGAAUGUGUAUUCAUAAUGUUAUUUCACCAUUUGCUCUGAUAACUUCAUAAAUUCUUUGCCUUAAGACUAUUGCAUCAUUUUGUGGGCAGUAGAGCUCUGUCUGAAACAGCUGUAUGUUUAUUGAAUGUUUUUAAAAAUGUUCUUCUAAUAAACGUAUUUUGUUGACGUA